GUAGCUGCGUGACCUCCCUUAGGCUUGGCUGCCGAUUCGUGGUCUAGUAGGGCUGCUGAAUGGAAGUUUAUGAGCAGCUAAACAUGAGAGAAGUGAAAGAUAAUGAGAAGAUUUACUUUCAACGUGUUUUUAGUAAGUGGGACUACGAAGUUUCUCUCAGUUAAGUCAGCGUCUUAAAAGUAUGCCCAAAUAUGACGGUGUUUAUAUGAUCGUCUGGGUAUGGGCGUUCUUUAAAAAAAAAAAAACUUGCCUGCGAUUAGUGCACGUAGACUGUUGAGUGCUGUGUUGAUACUAUGUCAUGUCAGAUGCGAGUUGGGUCUCAGCUUGAGUUUUUGUGUGUGUUUUUUUUUUUCUAUGGAAACUGCUCAUUGCCACGUAGUACCUGGGAUGGAGGGAAAAUAAUCAUUGUGUUAGGCUUAGGCCUUACUUAAAUUGAUUUGCUGUUUAGCACAUCAGUACAGUAUUAAUAACUGCCAUGGCAUGAGCAAUACUGAAAUUCAAUAAAAUAUAAUAAAUAGAAUUUUAAAAUAGGUUACUCAGGUUACUCAUAAUAAUAUAAUAAUAGGCUAGAAUUAGAAUUUAGCAAUACUGUACAGUUCAGACAGUCUGAAUAGUCCCCCCCCCCUCCCCAGCCAAAUAUUGAGUCAUAGACAUAGAUGACAUAGUCAUUGUAGGCCCAUCAUACUCAUAGUCAUAGGCCAUGGCCAUAAAUAAAAUGAUCAGGUUAUGGAAUAUAGGCAUAGGAUGAAAAAUGGAUAGUUCACAUUUGAGCCAAGGCCCCCAAGGCCUAAAAGGAAAGAAGUAUUAGGCCCCCAAGGCUUAAAAAGAAAGAAGUAUUUAGACCCUACAAGUAACUAGGGUUACCAACCCUUAGCAGGAUCCUUGGGCCUACUUUCAAGCCACCAAUGUUUUGUAAAAAUAAAAUUAAAGUUAAACUACAUAAAUUUUUUUUAUGUAAAUUGUUUUAAAGAUAAACUUGUAUUAGCGAGUGCUCACUACACAUUACAUUGACUGAUUUUUACAUGUAAUAUUAGAAUAUGGGAGAAUAGUUCUUAAUAAGCGACAAUUGAGGUCCAUUAAUUUAUAGCUGUGCGUGUGUUUGACAGCAUGAAAUGCCAAUAUGUCUUCAGCUGCUGAAACAGAUUCAUCACUUUUUAAACCCGGUGUUAAGAAAAAUUGGUAACUUUAGUAGAUGAAGUUUUUUCUGAGAACACCCUUAACAUGUUUUGGUGUUUCGAUGUGCACCUUGCCUUUAAAUCCAGUGCACCCUUAUUGAGAACAGAAAUGUAAGUUCUGCUGUUGCAUGUCGAACAUUCAGUUUCCCAGUCAUAUCGACCUCCACGAAAACAUGGGUAUUGUGUUUUCAGUGACUCUGACUCUGUAAAUAAACUCCUACAUUUCAGCAUCUACUAUUUUAGCCCUACCAGCCUACCAUCUAGUAUUGUAGACUGUAGUUCUAUUGAAAUUCGUGCAUUUAUCAGCAGUGCUCAGACUAAACUGAACUAGGGCCCAUUCACAAUGUUGAUUACCGGUAUAUUUUUAUGUUUCAAAUCUGAAAUCAUGCAUGCUGUUUAAAAAGUCAACCAUAGGCCUAGCCAGCAAAUUUAUUAUUUUUAAAGCCAAAGGGUUAUUGGACUAUCAUAGUCUUAGGCAGGUUUAGAAAAAACUAAAUUUAAUUUAGUUUUCUCUGAAUCUGCCAUAUAUUAUUCUUGCACAUAAUAAUGUGAUUAACUAAGAAAACCUUUGUUUAUGCUUUUUUUAACUCCCCAACUAUUCACAGCACAAACUUGAAUUGAAAUAAGAAUUUAUUUCAACUGCUUAUUUUUUAAAAAUCAACUAAUUAGCUUUUGGGGAUCAGAAAAUGCCACCCAGAUGUUAGAAUAGUUGGAUGUAAAAUCUAUUUUAAUUUAAUCAAAUCUUGUAUGGUUUGAUAUGGUAAUAUUAUUUUUUUGUACCAAAAUAUAUUUGCAAGCUUACUUAUUUAUUUAUUCACUCUUUGAUUGAAUUUCUUUUUCUGUGGUGUCCUUAGAGGCCUUAAUGUUUUCUGAAUGAGAAAUCAUUAUCUUUCUGAACCAUAAUUUUGUUACUGUAUGUCUUAACUCUCUAAAGACUGUAGAUUUUUCCAGUUUUUAAUGACCUUGAUUCUUCACUGUGUCUCAUGGCUGUAAUUUUGUAGCUACCUACAAGUAUUAUAUAUCAUUUUAAAGAUAAUUGGAUGCUCUUUAAUUGAUAUUUGGUGUUUGUUCAAAAUAUCCUUGCUAAAUUUGAUUUUUUAUUAUUUUUGAUCAAAACAAAAUUUUUUUUUAAGUCGACAAAAACAAAACAUCACAUUUUUACAAAGAAAGAAAAAAAAAAGUGUUUCCAAAUAUAUCAAUAAAAUUGAUAUUUUAUUAGAAACUCUUCAAUACUAAAAACAUAUUCCAAUUUCGAAAGAAUAGACCCAUAAAUAAAAAAGUUGUGACUUUUUGUAGGCAACAUAUCAUUCAAGGAAAUAUUGCUAGAAAAAGUCAAAAUUAUUUUCAAAAAAUAAUAAUUUUAUUUUCAAAGGAAAACAUAUACUGCAUCAUAUUAUCCCUUAGAGAAUUAUUAGUAAGUAUUAUUUUAGAAGAAAAGUUUUUUUUAAAAAAGUAAAUUUUAAUAAAUAAAAAAUUUUUUAUGCAUCCCAGAGAUACCGAUCAAAUGAUGUAAUCCUUCGCCAAGACCAUGCAUUUAAAAUUCUUGAAAACAAUUUCUUUAUUGAUUAAAACAUACAAAUGUAUCAAAAAGUAAGCCUAUGACAUAUGCUCUGAUAAUUUUACCCUGUUUUGGUAACACACAGUUACAUUUUUGUUUUUGUCAUGUCACGGCGCACGAUGUAAAGAUUUCGGGCUUUACAGUAAUGGGUUCAUCAUCAAAGAUGUCAUUUGUUCCCUAAAUUUUUCAUUAAUUGCUACACUUUCUUGAUGCUGAUACAGUUCAUUGUAUUUUGCAUGGAGAUACAUAAGGGUCUCCCAAUUUUGCCCAGCAUUUUCCUUUAUUUUCAGUAUCAGAAAAUUUUAGGAAACUCAAUAUAGCCUUGAAUAUGUCCUUAGUACUAAUGGCCUUGCUCAUUGUCCAUCAUAAAAGGAUUUCCUGGACAUUUCUUGCAAAAUUAAGAGCUUGAUAAAUCCUGGAUUCAUAAUAAGUCCACUUAGUAGCUAAAACUCCCAUUCAAUGAUGUUAUAAUGGUACCAAUUUUUGAAAACACAAAAUUUCUGCGGCCAUUGUCCUGCGCACACUGCUUACUAAUAACCAACCAAAUCUGUCGUAAAGUAGAAAUUGAAAAUGUCUAUUUGCUUUUGAAAUCUCCUUAUAUCCUCUCUUUUUUUAACAUCAGGAAGCAAUAAUGCUUUGUACCUCUGGUCUAAAUGCAGCAAAGAGUCCCACAGUCUUUUGUCAUCAUAACCCAUUGUACUGACUAUGUUUGACAUCUGCCCUUCAUAGAUGCUGUCAAAAUAUAAAAAACAAAAAAAAUAUUAGUUUAGCUACAAUUUAAAUAAAAAGAUUUCUAAAUAUUCAACAAUCUGCCUAAAUUACUUUUACUUCAACUUUUCAUUGAAAAGGGAACACAGCUGAUUGUUACAUAAUAGCCUUGGCCUUGUAUGGCAUUGUUUACAUUUCGCUAACUGAAAUGUAAUAAUAUUCAAAUAAUUUUAUAACUACAAAUUAGUUUCAAUUAAAACAAAUAAAUAAUUUAAUCUAUUUCAGAAUUUUAUACUACUGGAACUUGAAUGAAACUAAUGUUAGGGCUAAUAAUAGUGCUAAGAAAGUAUCACAGUAUGCGUGAGUUGAGUAUGAAUGAAAAAAAGUAAACAAACCUUGUUACUAUUAUUAUGAUGAUAAUUUACAGAAUUAUCGAUAUCAGACACAUCUGAAGUGCUAUCUUCAUCAAAAAUAUUCCUCUAAAUAAGAAUAUUUGUCAAUUUCAAGCUUAUAAUCAGACUCAGACUCCAUAGCAAUUUUUAAUGAGUAAAUGUCGAAAAGGAAAAUUUAUGAAUGGACAAGUUGCUACCAGAUUUCUUCAAGAACUAGUAGAAUAAAGGAUUUUUCUUUUGCCAAAUUGAAAUUUAACAUUCCAAAUUAGUAAAUCUUUAUUUUCGCCUUUUAAUAUUAUUUUUAUAUAUAUAUUAGGGGUUGUUUUUUUGACCCGCCAUAUAUGACAGAUUUUUCAAUCUCUCGUCUUUUGAGAGUUAAACUGCACUUCUGUGACUUACAUGAUACAACUGUCACAUGGGUUUUUCUAUCAACCUACCACAGGUUUAUAAUACUUCAAUUUUACUCAAGGUCUAAAAAUAAUUGGAUAUUUUUAUUUAUGUGUGAAUUAAAACAUUAGAAUAAGAUAAAAUGAGAUAAGAUUGUUUCUUGAUCCAAAUAAAUGGAAAUGUUUUUUGAUAAAAUUGUAUUAUAUUCACUUUCAGCCCAUAAAUAAAUACAUAUUUGAAUCAAGACAACAUUUUACAAGUAAAAUAGUUUAAACACAACACAUCUAAAGUAUUUCUCUAGUGUAGAAAAUCAGCCAUCAAUGAACUCCUUUGGCGAAAAUAAUGACUUAAUAAUUGAUCAUUUUAGAUUUGGUAACCACUGGGGGAGCAUGCUGUUGAAUUCAUACAGACUGGGGUUAUAACUUUCGGUCCUAACUUUAAGAGAGAAUUCACACUAAUGUGGCUUGGAUGUAUUGUAUACAUUUUUUUUUUUUAGCUUUACAACUGCAUUUUUUUUCAAUAGUUCUUCAAGUGAAGGAUGUUUAGUUUGUGUGAUAUUACUAGCUUUCUUGAUUAGUCUGUUUAAUCAGUGUUUUAUGUCAGACAAUCAAUUACCAGACCAGCAGGUAAUAAUGACGUUCAGUAGGCUUCCAAUUGUUGCACUGUAGAAUAACUUGUAGGUUUACGCCAAAAUUGUACAACAGCACUUGUAUAGUUGUGAAGUAAUUGUAAAGAAACGUUUAAUAUUUAUUGAUACUUAAAGAGAUUAAUAAUUUAAUUUUAGAACUUUGUGAGAUCUACGUAAAGAAAUCUGUAAUGUUGUAUUUGAGAAAUCUUGAUGAAAAGUUAAUGAAUCACUGUAACAUCAUGCUUUGUUUCACCAGGCACGUCCUGCUGUUGUGCUAGCUGCAAUUCUUACUCUAUGCAUGUGUUCAGUGCUGGUGAGCAUGUACUACAUUCACAACAUUGCCCUAGCCACACCUUUGGAUGUUAUGAGGAGUGCCAACAGGGACCUAAGUCCACCAAAUUCAAGAAUUAUUGGAGAUGGAGAUGAUGAAACUAGUUUGUUGGUAACACAUAUUUCUCAUUCACAAGAGCAGUUACAUAAUUUGUCUAAGGUGAAUACAAAAAAUUUCAGCAUGGCAAAAGUACUUUAUUUAAUAUCCCAAAGUUUUACCUUUCAAAUCUUUUUUACAAAGAAAAAAGUAAAAUAGUUCUUCUUAAUGUACAAAAAUAUUUUUUUAUUUGUUUGCUUUACUUUAUUGUAUUGUUUUUGAAGUUUUAAAAUUUUAAUUCACAGAAAUCGGAUGAAAAUGCUCCACCUAUUCUCAAUGAUAUUGAUAUUGCCCUUCACAUUGAGAAGAAAGAGUCUAAAAAAACUCAUAACCCAGACUCUCAGCCUCACAAAAAGUUUAGAAAAGAAGAUAUGUGGCCUAGCCAUGAGAAGGCUCAGAAACGCCGGAAAGCUUUUGUGCCUCUGUCUAUGCAGAUCUAUAACAAUCCACAAAGAACCAGGGAGAACUGGAAUGGAGAGCGCUACAUUGUAUAUUUGUGCCACAGUAACUUAACCUGUGCUGGAUGGGGCGACAGACAGCAUGGUAUUUUAUCCGCAUAUCUCCUUUCUUUGGUAACAAACCGAACCUUCAAAGUGGAUAUGCAAAGCCCAUGCCCACUGUCAAAGCUGUACCAUCCUCGAAUAGUCAACUGGAAAAUCAACCAGACAGAACUUGAGGGUCUGUCCAGCACACAUUUGUAUGCCUUAAAUGAUCGGAGAUUUCGUGAGUCAAUGAAAGAAAUAGACUUUGAUGAGAAGUAUCCCGAGGAUGUGGUUUAUCUGACCACCAAUUAUGACUAUUUUUACAACUUAAAGUCUAACCCUAGAUACAAGGCUAUAUUUCACCAAAAGGUAAGGGGUAGACCAAGGCCGGUGCUGUUUGCAGAUUUGUGGCAAAGCAUUUUUAAAAUGAAUAAAAGAGUUGUACGGAAGUACACACCAGCACUAAAAAGGGCAAGGCCAACCGAUCACCAUAAACUGGCUUGUGCCCAUAUUAGAUUUGGUAGGAAUCCCACUAUACCAACUGAUGGGGACAUCAGAAACACUCUAACUACAAUCAAGCCUUUGUGGUCUUUUCUUGAGAAACAUUCAGAUCCUCAAAAGUACAGAAUUUUUGUCGCCAGUGACUGGCAGGGCUUUCGGGAUAAAGUGAAAAGCCUCUAUAGAAAUAUCACCAUCGACGUAGAUGGGGACAUCAUCCACAUUGAUAAAUUAAAGGACCAGCGUAGGAGAGAGAAUGCCACCAAUGCUGUUCCAUUGGAUCCAUGUUCUGGCUUUGAGAAAGUGAUUGCAGAUCAGUAUGUCCUAAGCAAGUGUGAUAUUCUCCUGUUAACCUAUAGUGUUUUUGGCAAAGCUGCUGCUUAUUUAAGGAGGUCUAACAGUGAUUUAUACCUGAUGGAAAAUGGCACCAUUAAAACUCUGAUAUUGUUUGAUGAGAAAAAUCAUUGAUAGAGACCGAGUUUGCUCAUACAAGUGUGGAUAAUGCAGAGGGAAAUGCCGAAGAUGUCUUUCACAUUAAACCAAUUAGUUCUUUACUUUCAUAAUCAUGCAUUUCACUUUUUUAUCAUACUUAACAUGAGACCAACAAGAGAUAUAGGUGAGACUAUAAUUUAAAUAUAAAUCGUUUGAUUUUCUAAUUAAGUCUAACUAAGAUCUUGGCAAAGUUUACCAUAAUUGAAAAUGGUAGAAGAAUCGUUUCUAUUCGCAAUGAUUGAUUAACAACAUACAGCUAAAUUUUUUUACGAGACAGAGUCGAAAAUAAAAAAUUCAACGUAAUUGCUGUGGAAUGCAGAGAAAGGCUACAAUAGUUAUGCCACAAAAAUCAGCUCACACACUUAAACAUUUUUACAAACAAAUGUUAUAAAUUAUAUAUAUGAUAAGGCAUUAAUAUCAAUCUCAUUUUCUUAAUGUUGAUUCUUCAUGGUUUUUGAAAGAUCUAGGAUUAAUCUAAGAAUUUGUCAGAGUUUGUAAAGCUCAUGAAAAGGUAGGAACUGGGAAAAGACAGGUUUUUUGUUUUUUUGGGGUGCUCCUUUCAAAAGCUUUUGCUUCUACUUCUUGUGUUUUUGGUCCAAGAGCUGGAGCAUUAUUAAUUCAAGUUGAGGUAGUUUUCCAAUUUUAACCAUUGAAAAUAUGAAUUAAAUUUAAUUUCUUACAUUAGGGCUGGCAUUCUAAUGUAGAUUGUUGAAUUGGCCUCAUCUGGUAAAUUAUACAGUAGGAUGAGACUUUAUCAGUGGCAAAUGUUAAUCUAGAUACUCUCCAAAUAACUUUGUUUUAGGAACUGUUUUAGUUUAACUUUUUUCAAUAUAUUUAUAAAGUUAAAGGGGCUUUAACAAAUGAUGGGCAGGCUAAUGCUAGUAUGUCAGGGUUUGAUUUAUCACCUCUGUGUUUACCCAUACCAUCACUUUUAUGAUUUAAAAAAAGUUGUAUUUCAAUAUAUAAUAAUCCAGCAUUAAAUUCAUAAUUAUUUACUUUUACAAGACAAGAUCAAUGACAAUACUGGCAUGUUAAAUAACUCUUUGCAAACAUGCUUUCAACAUUUAAAAAAAGAAAUAUGCAUACAUUCUUUAUUUGGCCCCCAAUUUGACUCAAAUUUUCUGUUCAUAAUCAUUUAGUCUGAAUAUCGAUAAUGAAAUGUUUUUUAUCUGAAUAUCUUUAGAGAAACAUUUAAAAGGUUUGCUGGACUUGAAUUGUAUGCUCAUGAUACUGUUAAUACAAUGACUGUGAUUGACUAUUGAGCACAGCUGUUCAAGCUUGAACACUUCCAUUCUGUGUUAGUUUUCUAACUUUAAAUGGGCUGGAAAGACUUCUGUACAUUUGCAUUUAAUUCUUUUUGCCUGUUUUUUGUUUGGUAAAAUUGUGAAGUCUAUGUGAAAUUAACUUCAAAUUAAUGUACAUUUUUGAAACUGUCCCAUUACUUUAUGACUAUGUUUUACACCUUAUAACUUAUUUGAAGUCAGAUAUGUUCUGCAAAUGUAUGCUGCACAAGUGUCAUGCUAAGCUGCAUGUAACAUCCAUUGUUUAUUAAAUAAAUAUGUUUUUGAAGUGUCAUUUUAUUUAAUGUUGCUGU